AUGUUCCUGAAUAAGUGCGAGGGGGACCUGGGCGAGCUGCGGAAGCCGGGGGACGGUGAGGGCACCCCGCCGGCCGCUGCGGAGGAGGAGCAGCCCAAGAAGAAGCACCGGCGGAACCGCACCACCUUCACCACCUACCAGCUGCACGAGCUGGAGCGCGCCUUCGAGAAGUCCCACUACCCCGACGUCUACAGCCGCGAGGAGCUGGCCAUGAAGGUCAACCUGCCGGAGGUCCGCGUGCAGCCGAUGGUGCAGGGCAUGCAGCCCAUGGCCCCCGCGCCCUACCAGUGCGGCACCACCUUUGUGGACAAGUACCCGCUGGAGGAGGUGGACCAGAGGAGCUCCAGCAUCGCCUCGCUCCGCAUGAAAGCCAAGGAGCACAUUCAGACCAUUGACAAGACCUGGCAGCCCAUUUGA